AUUAAGAUUCAUUGAUAAUACAGAAUCAGGUGCCUGCUCAGCAUGUCCGGAGGAACUACAGACUAUAGAACACUUCCUAUUUAAUUGCACUGUUAGUCAGAGAUCACUUCGGCUUCCAAUAUUGAAAUGCGAGCCACGGCAAUAUAGUUACACAUUAACACGGUUUAUGAGAUAUGGUGGUGAUACACCCAAACAAAAUGGGCAAAAAAAGACAUCUUGGGCGCACC